UUUGAACCAAAGGAUGGACCCUUUUUCUGGAUAUAUUUGGAUUUUCCUCUCAAAGCUUGUGCAAACUCUGUUCUGGCCUUUUCCUAGAAUCAUCAUGAGAUAUUGUAGCCAUGAAGCACUUAAUUCAGGUUGUUCUUCAAAUCUUUGCCAUGAAAACUACCAAACUGAAUCUAACAAUUCUGGGACAAAAACUGAAGCGGAAGCAGGUUGUUCUAAAUGUUAUAUAGAUGCAGAGUUGAAAUGUGAAAUAUUUGAGGAAAGUAAUGAUACUAUUCAAUUUCAACUAGAAUGUCGUCAUCAAAAUGAUUCAAAUGGUUCUGAAAAUGUUACUAACUAUGCUGGAAUUCUUGGCCUUCAAGUAGAGGAGACAACAAAGUUGGUUUUCAAAUUUCAAUAUCAGACUUGGAACUGUAGUGAAGAAUUCAAGGCAUGUUACAGUGAAAAUUUUGAUUCUGUGAAUAUUGAUAGUGAUAAGUCUUCCAGCCUCUUGGAUGAACAAGAACCUCCAAUUUUUACUUUCAAGGAACCAUGUGUUGGUUCAAAAGAUUUUCAUUUUGAAAAUUAUUCUGAUUUCCUAUCUGAAAGAAUCUUUGAACCAGAAAGUUGUGAAAGUGUGUCGAUGCAGCAGAGAAGCCCAAUAAUUUCUAUAGGAGAUGAGGUUUUGUUAGAAACAGACUUUGGAACCACUAUUGAGCUUGACACUUUGGGAAACCAUGAUGAAGAAAAUGCAGCUUUAACAAAAGAAAAUUUGGACUUUGGGAGCGAGAAAAACACAGAGAAUUUGUAUGAUGUCGAUAGAGAUACAAUGAAUGAGAUAAGAAAAUUAGAAGAGACUAGAAUGCAGACUUUAGAGAUGGAGAAGUCAAAGGGUUAUUGUUUUCAAGAUAAGCAUAGGAUCACUUUACAUGGCUCGAAAGGUUCAGAUAUUGAGGAUUCCCACAAGUUUGAUGCACAAUGGGAACAUCAAGAUCUAAUAGAACAGCUUAAAAUGGAGCUGAACAAGGUCCGAGCCAUUGGUCUUCCUACUAUCAUUGAGAAUUGUGAGUCACCAAGGAUAAUGGAAGACUUGAAGUCAUGGAAAAUUGAUGAAAAAUUCCAGCAUAGUAGUACCACAAAUGAGCUUCCAAAAUUGUACAAGAGUUAUACAGAAAGAAUGCGAAAUUUUGAUAUCUUAAAUUACCAAAAGCUGUAUGCCAUUGGUUCCUUCAAGAGCGAGGACCUGCUGCAAUCAUUUUCAAGCCAUGAGAACACUUUUUCAGCUAUCACAUCCUUCCUUCCACAUAUCUUUCACCAUUGUAGGAAUAAAAAAUCUGAACCUGGUCCAUUGAAGUUCAUGAGGGAAUUUUACGGUGACUUGGAAGAAGUUUAUGUUGGACAGUUGUGCCUUUCUUGGGAGUUCCUUCAGUGGGAGUAUGAGAAGGCUUUGGAGUUAUGUGAAUCUGACCAAUACAGAUUGCAAAGUUACAAUGAAGUAGCAGAGGAAUUCCAACAAUUUCAAGUGUUGCUGCAAAGAUUUAUAGAGAAUGAACCUUUCCAAGGUCCACGGGUUGAGUACUAUGUCAGGAAUCGAUGUGUCAUGCGCAAUCUUCUUCAAAUUCCAGUCAUAAGAGAAGACAGCACCAAGGAAGAAAAGAAAUCCAAAACAAGAGAUGAAGAUAAAGAUGAAAUCACAAGUGACAUGCUAAUAGAGAUUUUGGAAGAAUCAAUCAGGAUAAUUUGGCUUUUCAUUAGAGCUGAUAAAGAUGCAUCUAGUUUGACACAUAAAGGUCCAAGAGAAACUCAAUUAGAGCUCCAAGACCCUGCAGAUUCAGAAUUUCUUAUGGAGAUUCAAGCAGAGCUUCAAAAGAAGGAAAAGAAACUAAGUGAAUUUUCGAAGAGUAGAAGUAGCAUACUGAAGAAGUUCCUAAAGCAUGAGAAAGAUGGAAGAGAUCACUUCCUUUACUUUUCCUCUCUAGUGAUCAUGAAACUUGUAUGGAGAGUGUUGAAAAUGUCAAAAAUAUCAAGGGAUCAACUAGUAUGGUGUCAUAAUAAACUGAACAGUAUCAGUUUUAUAAAUAGAAAGAUAAAUAUAGAACCAUCUUUUUUGCUAUUUCCUUGUUAA